AUGUCAAGGGGACGAAAAUUAGAACUGGUACAUGGUGAUGUAGUGCCUCCACCUCCCUCUGUCAUCAAAUGGGAUAAGUGUGUUAUUUGUCAGGAAGAUACAGAAGCACCUCUCAUCAAUGCAAAGGAUACUGGACUGAAAUCCCUUGGAGAAGAUUUGAUUGCUUUCAAUGAACUCGGUGUUUUGCCAAAGUCUGUUUUGUUUUCUCAAAUUGAGGAUGGACAAGGUGUUGUUGAAUCCCUUUUAUCCCAUUCAGCAAAAUUUCACAAGGUAUGUAGAACAAAGUUUGAUAAACAAAAGUUGGACAGACAAAGAAAAAAACAAUUACAAGUCGACUCGAGUGCUUCCAGUUCAUCGAAUGUACAUACCCGAUCAAAAAUCUCUAAAGGUCAUAUUAAAAAUACUUGUUUAUUUUGUGAUGGUGAUGAAACUGUUGAGAAACUUGUGACACCACAAACACUGGAAAUAGGAACUUCGAUACUAUUUUUAGCGAAAGAGUUACACGAUGACAGGGUUUUAUCGAAGCUUUCUUCAGCGGACCUCGUUGCUCAAGAAGCUAAAUACCACAAACGAUGUUAUGUGAGAUUCCGAACAACAGCUAGAAGUGAGCUACGUAAGAAUGCGAACUCAAAUAAUGAAAAUGAAAUGAACAGUCUGGUAUAUGGCUCUGCUCUAUCACAAAUGGUAGAGUAUAUUCAAGAUAUGUAUUUGAACAGUGAAAUCUCUCCAGUUUUUAAAUUAGCGAUACUGACUAGUCAAAUGGAGGCAAAAAUGCGUAACCUAGGAGUUGCAGAUGCUCAAGUUCAUCGAUCCAAACUAAAAGAUCAGCUUAUCUCUCUCAUCCCUGGUUUAGUUUCCUGUAAGAGUGGUCGAGAAGUGAUGCUUUACUUUGAAGAAUCCACAGCAGAUGCUCUACGAGAUGCUAUCGCAUAUAAUUCGAUGAGUGAUGGGAUGACUUUAGCUCAUGCUGCCAAAAUUAUACGUAGAGAUUUAUUCAACAACUAUCCAAAGUUUACUGGCUCAUUCUCAAAGGAUUUCGUGCCAAAAAAGUGUGUAAGUGAAUCUUUAGUACUACUUCUGCAAAUGAUAUUGGAAGGAUCAGACACAAGCAAUAAUGAAGCUUAUGAAAAAACAGCUGUACUCUCACUGGCGCAAUUAGUCCGCUUCAACGCAGUGAAAUUCAAACGGAGACAUGAUAAUUCGAAUAUUAAACACCUAAAUGAGCGUGAAACUCCUCUACCUCUGUAUAUUGGUCUAAAAUUGUAUUCGACAGUGAGAAGCAAAAAUCUAAUCGAUAGUCUCUUCGCUCUGGGAUUAUCUGUAUCAUAUGAUCGAGUUCAGUAUGUUUUAUCCACUGUAACAAAUGUCAUUUGCGAGUCAUACGAAACUUCAGAGGGUGUAUUACCUUCAUCAUUACAUCGCGAUACAUUCACCACAGCAGUCAUUGAUAACAUUGAUCAUAAUCAGUCAUCGACCUCGGCUCAGAAAUCAUUUCAUGGAACGAGCAUAACUUUGAUACAACAUCCAGAUAAGAUAUCACCAGACGAAAGUUUUCUUCGGAUUGAAGAUUCUCAGUGGAGUCGAAGAGUUACUAAGGAAUUGCCCUAUUCCUAUACUGUAAUAUCUCCACUAGUAAUGAACAAAAAUUGUAAUAUUCCGUUAAAUAAUGUAGUUACGCCAGCAGUGGCAUCACAAGCUUACUCCUCAACAGUAGAUCAUUGGUUACAUAUAGUUAAAGAACUUCUUGAAGCUGAUGAUGGACUCCAUGAGAUGCGACUUUCCUGGGCUGGAUUUACAUCUGAAAUUAUCAACUCAGAAAAUAUUACUACUUCGAACCAUGUUCUACUUCCCUUGCUGAAUGAGAAAGUGCAAUCUCCAGCCGUUGUUGCACAUUGUCUUAAACUUAUUUCAAGUAUUAUCAACAAACUAAAUCUGAAUAAUGGAAUCCCAGUCCUUACUGGAGACCAGCCUAUUUACGCCCUGGCAAAGCAGUUGCAAUGGAAGUUUCCUCAUUUAUAUGGAGAAGAUAAAUUCGUUGUCAUGAUGGGAGGUCUCCAUAUAGAAAUGGCAAUCAUGAGUAUGAUAGGCUCAUGGUUAACUGGAUCAGGCUGGACUGAUAUUCUUGUUGAUGCUGGAGUCACAAGUCCUGGGCGAGCAGAAUCUCUCUUAUCAUGUUCACAUGUGAAACGUACUAGAUACGCUCAUCAAGUAACAGUAGCUGCAUUAGUCAUCUUGAAGGGUCAUGCUUACAAGUCUCGAGAAAUGUGUAGUGAGGAACCUGAUUUAGAUUUCGAUAAGUGGUGUACUUAUCGUACUAAGGAAUCAGUUCAGUUUCUUUUCUGGUCAAUCACCAUUGAGCUAGAGGUUCUAUUGCUGGCUUAUGUGCAGAGUCUGCGUGAGAGCAAUUUCAUUAACUUCAAGAGAGUUCUUGUAGAUAUCUGUCCAUGGAUGUUUGCGUUAGAUCAUACUAACUAUGCGAGAUGGCUACCAGUUUUCGUGAAGACUCUUCAAGAAUUGGAAAUUUAUCACCCUAGCAUCAAUGAAGAAUUCAUGAAAGGAAAGUUUGUUAGCAUGAAAACGAAUCGAUCAUUUUCAGCAAUAGCUGAUGAUCAAUUACAUGAACAGAACAACAAAAAGAUAAAGGAAAUUGGUGGAGCAAUUGGUUUACUAGACAAUCCUACAGCGCUUCUUAAAUGGACGGUUGGUGGGCCAGAUAUUGUGAAAAUGAUAUCUGACUUUGAAGAACAUUCUUCAAACAUUCAUGAUGGUCAAGAAGAAUGUGAUAUUGAUGACGAGGAAUUACCAGGAAAACAUAGAGAAAAUACGAAAUCUUUCGAGGAAAGAUUCAGAAAGCAUGUUCUUGCUAUUGUAGCCUCCUUCCAAAAUUAUGGAAAUCCAUUUGAAGGAGAUGUAUUAUCUACAGCAGUUAGCAAUAUACGGAUGACACCGGAUGCAGAGGAAUCUGUGAAAGAAGCUAAAAAUAUAGGGAAUACUCUUUAUAACAACUUUCGUCUCCGAAAAUUUGAAAGGGUGGACAUAGUUUUCGAUAGGUACUUGCCUGGUAGCCUCAAAGCUGACACAAGAUUGAAAAGAGGGUCUGGAAAAGAGAUUGUUGUAAGACCAACCACACCUAUGCCGAAAGUCUUCAGUAAAUUUUUGCAGUGUGAUAACAAUAAAAAACAACUAUUCAAACUCCUUUCUACCAAAAUAAAAUCACUCGAGACUGAUGGAAAGUUAGUGAUUUGCACUGAUGAAGAAUCAGUAACAUUUGUUGGUCCGUUAGUUGAUGGUGUUGAUCUCGCACCAUGCUCACAUGAAGAAGCAGAUACUAGACUUCUCAUUCACGUAAAAAGUGCAAUAUUGUCGGGCCAUAAAAACAUUUUGAUAAGUACAGUGGAUUCAGAUGUCAUUGUUAUUGCUGCUGCUAAAUUCCACGAGUUGGAGCAAAUGGGUAUGCAAGACCUCUGGUUUGAAUUUGGAGUUGGAAAAAACAGACGCUAUUUCUCACUGUCAGUGAUCCUGCGAGGACUCUCUGUUGAAAAAUGUGCUGCACUACCAUUUUUUCAUGCGUAUACAGGAUGUGAUACGGUAUCAUCGUUUCAUGGUAUUGGUAAAACGAGAGCUUGGAAUGUAUGGGGAAAGAUGCAAGAAAUGACAGACGUAUUCAUCCGACUGUCAUCAACAGAUAUAAUAACUGAAGAAGAUUUUGAUAAGAUUCAGCUUUUCACUGUAAUGAUGUAUGAUGUUACCAGCCAGACAGAAACAGUGAAUGAGUGUAGAAGAGUACUGUACACUCAGAAGAAUCGAAGUGUGGAGAAUAUUCCACCAACCGAAGGAGCAUUGCGUCAACACCUGAGGAGAGCAAUGCUUCAGUCGCGUAUUUGGAUUAAAUGCCUGGAAUUGCAACCAUAUAUUCCAAAUGCAACUAACUGGGGAUGGAAGUCGUCAAAUCUGGAAUCUCAAGAUGAAACGAUUGAACCACUUUGGACAGUUUUGCCACAAGCAUCUGAUGAAUGUUCAGAAUUGAUCAGCUGCAGAUGCAAAACAAUGUGUAUCAAGAACUGCAAAUGCAAUAGAUUUAAUUUGCAGUGUACUGCUCUAUGCACGUGUGAUGGACAAAAUGCUAGAGUAAACGCUUUGACGAAGAUUUAUGGAGUAUUACGUGAACUGAGGCCCGCAACAACACCUGAAGAAAUCAAAGUCAAAUUUUCCAGUCUGAGAACCACAUAUCAAGUUGAGAAAUGCAAGAUGGAUGAGGCUAUCAGAAGUGGAGCUGAUGUAGAUUUUGAGGUUGCUGAUGGAUCCCAGAAUGAUGAUCAGCUUGUUAAUGCUCAAACAAAAAGACCACAAGAAAAUAAAAAAAACGAAAAAUAUGCCAAAAACCAAACAGAGAUUUGGAAACUAGUGUAA